AUGCAUAUUGCAUCACCUUGGCCUAUUGUAGCUGAUGAGGCAACUAUAAAAAAUAGCCAAGAAUGUCGUUCAAAAAUAAUUGCCGAAAAAGCUGCAUGGGAAUUUUGGAAAUCUUUACCAGAAGAAUCACGAUUUCAAUUAACUGUAUUAAAUCCAUCAUUUGUCGUUGGUCCAGUGCUUUCAGAUCAGAAACAUGGAAGUGCCAAAAUUAUUAAGCGAAUGAUGGAUUAUCAUACUUUUCCAGCGGCACCAAAAGUUUCACUUGGUAUGGUUGACGUACGUGAUGUUGCACGUGCACACAUACGUGCAAUGGAAUGCAUAAAUUGUAAUGGUGAACGAAUUCUGAUUACAGCAACACCAUCAGUUUGGUUUUCACAAUUAACCCAUUGGCUUCAUGAAGAGUUCAAAGGUCAAGGUUUUCAAAUUUCACGUGUAAAAACGCCAAAUUGGUUAGCAAAAUUAUAUGCUAAGGUGACACGUGACCCACAUUUUGAAGCAGUGAAAUAUCGUUUAGGACCAAAAUUACAUUUUGAUAAUACAAAGUCACGACAACUUCUUCAAAUGGAAUAUAUGCCAAUCAAGAAAUCUGUAAUUGAUAUGGUUUACAGUAUGCUGGAUUAUGGUAUGAUUGUUAGAAAGAAAAAUUUGGAGAAAACGAAAAAUGGUGAUUGCAAAAUUGUCAAUUAUGCAAAUAUUGAUGCAAAUGGGGGAAGCAAAAUUCAUUGA